AUGGCGCUAGAUGGUGUACCGGCCAAAAUCAUCGCCAUGAUCAAGGCCUACUAUCGUUCCACUACAGCGAGAGUCCUGGUCCGUAACAAUUUUUCCCAACCGUUCGGUAUUCGGUCUGGCGUCCGACAGGGUUGUAUCCUGUCACCCAUACUGUUCAACUACGCUAUUGACUGGAUCCUCGGGAGGGCCCUACGCGACAGUGACGGUGUUGAAUUUGCACCCGGACAUCGACUGACUGAUCUCGACUAUGCCGAUGAUAUCGCCUUACUUGCUUCAAGUUUUGGUGAUCUGCAGUCUAUGGUGUCCCGAGUGAACGAGGUCGCUAAAUCAGUCGGUUUGUCCAUAAACGCUGGGAAGACCAAAGUAUUCUCAAGCUGCAUCCCUGACCAGGAGAAGGCACCCCUGGGGAUUGAUGGCUGUCAACUUGAAGAAGUGGACAGUUUUAAAUACCUCGGGGCGCGGCUGCUGCCUAAUGGACAGAGUAAGGACGACAUUGUCUCCCGAAUCGAGGCUGCCCGCUGGGUUUUUUCAAGCCUUCGGAAAUGCCUGUGGAACGGACGUGACCUCUCCAUCGCCACUAAGAUUCGCGUGUACCGUGCAUCUGUCCGGUCUGUCCUUCUCUACGGUUGUGAAUGCUGGGCUUUGCGCGUGGCGGAUGAGCGAAAACUGGAGGUAUUUGACCACCACUGCUUGAGGAUCAUCCUUCGAGUGAAGUUAACCGACUUCGUCUCAAAUGAGACAGUCCGCGCUCGCUGCGACAACAUCGCGAGGAUAACUCAGGCCAUCCAAGAAAGACGACUGAGGUGGUUCGGGCAUGUUCUUCGUCGUCCAUCUCGGGAGCUCAGUGUUACUGCCCUCGAUCCCGCACCGUUGCCCCAUUGGAGGCGUCGAAGAGGGGGUCAGUUCAAAACCUGGCUCGACACUGUCCGUCAAGACAUGGAGGUGGUUCUUGGACCUUCGGUAUUCGGUCUCCGUCGUUGGCGAAGGGAAUGGGUGAGCUGUCUAGAUCUGUUGCCGCGGAUCGUCAUGCGUGGAGAGGUACAAGUCGGGACAUCAUCGAGGCCGGCUAGAUCAGGCAUGAUCGCAGCCGUAUCAAGUACAAGUACAAGUAAGAGCAAGGAGAAAACACUAAGAGGCCUCGUAGAUCACCAAAGUGCGGAUAAAUGCGAUUAUGAUACUUCUUUGCUGACAAAAAAAGUCACCAGUAAGGUGAAAAGACUGAGGAACACUCUUUGAUCAUUAAAUGCUCGCAUAAGGGAGGGACGAGGAUCGAAUGUUAAAGGCUUUGAAAAUCAUCUCUGCAGGGAAGAAUAUCAAUUGAUAUAACACCUCACUAAAGGCAAGGGUUUGUGCAGAUUUAAGUGGUAGUACCCAGCCGAAUAAGUUAAGCAGGUAAUAUCAACCAUUGAAUUCGAAGGAAACACUUUUCAUAGUCCACAAUUUGAGUGUUGGCAACUGAGGCGAACGAUAUUGACUUCGAAAUUUCCGAGAUAACGUGCUCACGCAAUUUCGACUUAAAUGCCAAUAAUUUACAUGCUCAGACCAGCCCCAACUUCAUAAAAAGAAUUGGCAGCUGAUAAUAUCUGAUACAGUGCAACACCUCCGCCCAGUGCGAUGUUAUGUCUCGCACUUUAAGUACCGCUGAACUUGAAAUUUGAGAAUUAUUAUUCCUACACCUUUAGCCUGAGGGCCCGUCGAUAUGUCAUGUCGCGUUGUUGUGCCGCCUCCUGCGUUCUUGACGAAAAAGAACCUAGAAAACAUCAGCGGAGCUUCUCCUGGCAAGGUUUCAACGGUGCUCACAAAUUUGCAGCGCCGGAAUGUGCAAACACUGAAUUUUGACGUUGUUCAUGAGCUCUCCAUCUUCCAAAUGGCUGCUCAAGGGGAAUUGCUGCUUCUACAAUCAAAGUUGGAGUCCCCUGGCGUCAAUGUUGAUGUCCAAGACAUCCAGGUAGUUAAUUUUCUAUUUGCCGUUACUGCUUUUUAAAAAGCAACGGGGAAUUCGAGAGCAUUUCGUCGCAUAUCUUAGACAAGUCAUAACACGAGCUGGCAUUGUCAGUUUUUCGUGCAUAGUAGAAGAAAAUAAUGUGAUCUUUCGAAUUAUAUUUUCUGUUGUGGCGUCAGCUCAUCUACCUUUUAUAUCAGACUUCGAAGUCACAUUCGACUAAUUUCGAACUACGAGUCGACGUCAUGGCCUCAUUAUACACCUAUCCUUCCCGAAACAUUUUCGUAGCUCUUAUUUACAUUGUGCUACUAGUAUUAAAGUUUAUUGGGCAGCCCGACUCCGCUGUAACUGUAUUGACUCCUAACUCGUGAGCUCUUUCGUCCCAAUCGCAUCUAACGUCAAGGGCUUUUUAGGAAAGGGAGGUUUGGCUUGGUCCCAUGACUAUGCAUACGCAUAGGUUUGGAAUUCUUUAAUUACUUUCAAUCCCACAUUUAUGAGGAUUUCGACGUCCCUGUACAGUCCAGAUCGUUCGCACAAGGAGGCGCUCGGCAUAUUGUUACAUGCUCACGCAGUAUCUGUAUGUCCUGCAGGAGUCGGCGAAUGCCACGAAUCUCUCUUGCGGCAUAUCGGUGGCAGAUUUUGUUGAUCAGUCCUGUGAGAUCCUUACGUGCCUUAUACCUUAUGCCCUACUUAUCUUGACUUCGUUCCCCUUCUGUCGGGCGUAUUUAGCAAGUGCGGAGCUGUUAAACGCCCCAUUGGCAUGCAGUACGCGGGAUUUGGCCAGUAAAAAUCCUGUGGAUCUUAUUAUUACUGGCUUCAAAGCCGUCGUUUGGGCACGUAACACAGUUCUUUAGUGCCAUUAUCUUGACCAUGGGGUUUUAUAUCUGGCCGCUUGGCACUAACUCCUGUUGUGUGCUGCCAGUGUCUGUCCGAAACACACAAUUCAUACAUAGACUCUUAUCUUGAAAAUUAUAAUGGAACCUCUUAUCAACCACCCAGCAUGCCAAUUUCUUCCUUGAUAAUCUGGUAUACGACCCCCCCCUAGUUAAACUUCCUGCGCUCCGCAUAUCCGUAGUGUAAGCGUGCUCCACGUAUGCCAAUGUGCUUAGAGUACUGAUUAGCAUUGCCCCAUAUGGACUCCACUUUAGGGAUUCAUGAUGACUUUUUCGCCAAGUUAAUGGCAAGCGCUUUACACUGAGUGACUCUGUUCGCAACGUGAAUGGCGGCUUUAUUGCUGACAACUCGGCCAAAGUCGAGCUCUGGUGUGAGCACUUCGGCACCAUCUCAACUUCGCUACCCGACCCACCACGCCCUUGCUAUCCUCUGCAGCGCAGUUUCUUCUCUCUCCAACCGAUGCAGUGCCAUGCGACCCCCCUUCUGAAGAAGUCGCCGAUGCUAUACGAAAGCUACGCAACAAAAAGGCACCCCGGGGAGGAUGGUAAUCCCGCUGGAAUCUACAAGUCUUGUGUCGACACUCCGACGCCCUGGCCCCAUGAGGUGAUUGAUCAAGGGUGGAGAGACGAGGUUGCUCCUGAUGACUGGGGUUUAGCCAUCCUUGUACCUAUCCUAAUGAAGGGAGAUAAGAAAAGAUGCAAGAACUACCGCGGCAUAAGCCUCAUUGACGUUUCUGCGAAGAUCUUCGCUAUUGUCCUACUCAGGCGAUUCCAGGUUGUUCGUGACUCUAGGAUAGGCCCAACCAAACCGGAUUUCGUGCUAGGCGUGGAUGUGCGGACCAGGUAUUCACACUAAGGCGCAUUCUCGGAUUUCGCCACAGCUACCAGCAACUGACGGCCGUCUGCUUUGUUGACUUUACCGCCGCGUUCGAUUCCGUCCAUCGUGAGACCCUAGGGCGAAUAAUUGCACUAGAUGCCGUACCGCCAAACAUCGUCACCAUGGUCAAGGCCUAUUAUCGCUCCACUGCUGCGCGAGCACUGGUCCACAACAAUCUUCCCCAACCAUUUGGUAUUCGGUCUGACGUCUGACAGAGUUGUAUCCUGUCGCCCAUUCUGCUCAACUACCCUAUUGACUGGAGUCUCGGGAGGACCCUACACGAAGGUGACGGUGUUGAGUUUCCACCUGGACACCGACUGACUGAUCUCGACUAUACUGAUGAUAUUGCCUUACUUGCUUCAAGUUCUGCUGAUUUGUAGUCUAUGGUGUCAUGGGUGAACUUGGUCGUUAAAUCGGUCGGUUUAUCCAUAAACGCUGGGAAGACUGAUGUGUUUUCAAGCUGCAUCACCGACCAGGAUAAGGCACCUCUCGGGAUUUAUGGCUGUCAGCUUGAAGAAGUAGACAGUUUUAAAUACCUCAGGGCGAGCCUGCUGCCGAAUGGACAUAGUAAGGACGACAUUGUCUCCUAGAUUGACGCUGCCUACCGGGUUUUUGCAAGCCUUAGAAAAUGCCUAUUUAUCCGACGCGACAUCUCCAUCGCCACUAGGAUUCGCGUGUACCUUGCAUCUGUUCGGUCUGUCCUUCUUUAUGGUUGUGAAUGCUGGGCUGUGCGUGUGGAGGAAGAGGGAAAACUAGAGGUAUUUUACCGCUGCUUGAGGGCCAUCUUUUGAGUGAAGUACACCGACUUCGUCUCAAAUGAGACAGUCCGCGCUCGCUGCGACAACAUCGCAAGAAUAACUCAGGCCAUCCAAGAAAGACGAACGAGGUGGUUUGGGCAUGUUUUUCGUCGUCCACCUCAGGAGCCCAGUGUUACUGCCCUCGAUCGGGCACCGUUUUCUCAUUGGAGGCGUCGAAGAGGGGGUCAACUCAAAGCAUGGUUCGACAUAGUUCGUCAAGACAUGGAGGUGGUUCUUGGACCUCCGGCAUUCAGUCUCCGUCGUUGGCGAAGAGAGUGGGGUGAGCUGUCCAGAUCUGCUGUCACGGAUCGUCACGCGUGGAGAGGUACAGUCCGUGACAUCAUCGAGACCGGUUAGAUCAGGCAUGAUCGCAACCAUACCAAGUACAAGUACAAUUUAACCGCAACAUGGGGACUCGGAGCAUUUCCUCUGUCAAGGCUUCUCUUGGUCAUUGCUUCUACCAAAACUUUAGAAUUUGGUCUCGGUAGUCAUCUCUCUGACCCAGUACUGGCCAGUACACUCAUAAACCAGGGCCGUUUGUUUUCUGUUUAUGAUCCUGCACGUCGAGACGUAGAUAUCCCAUGUAAGUGCGUGGACAGUCCUACGGUUUCCUACUUAUUCACAAACCGGGCAUGCGACUUGAAAGGAAUGAGCCAUCUGACGAUACAGUCCCAGUGUAAAGGAACACAGAUUUCGCGUGCGUCGUACUUAUCUCUGCUAAAAACCUUAGGCAUCUGCCUUUUGCAGCAUCUGGCCACAUAGGUACAAAUCUGAAAGAUGGUGCUCUCCAGCUGUCACCAGUCCCGGUACCGUUCACUCCACUUCAUAAUAACGCGACACUUCUGGUAGGCUGAAACCUUUUUGUGUCACAGACCUAGAGUAUAUCGAUGCCACUACUCUGCUUAGAGAUUCCAUUCCAACCACACCGUUUGUUCUUGACCAAAUCUUCUCCUACAUAUUCGGCCUCGAACUGAGGCCAGAAAGACCCGAGUGCUAUCCAACUCUUCACAAAGGUGUUCUCUUUCAUGGAUAACGGAAGUCCCGAACUAUUCACAGCUCUUUGUGCUAACGAUGACCAGUAGCGAGUGGCGACAAACGGUCAAACACAAGCCAUACACGAUGCAUUGUAACUGCGAUUGAGGAUGGGAGUUUAGCAGAUGAGACACUCGAGUUCCUGUGCUUAUAGUCAAAGCCUUUCGGCUCUACAGUUGCAAAAGUUGACCUCUAUACACGUUUGUCAUGGUAACCAUUACGGUGUUUUGGGAACUGCUACCUCCGAAAAACCACACGUUUAGUUCACGGACACUUCUAAAGCAUGGGACUGCCUAGUGAUUGUUAAGUAAAAGGCCGUCGUCUCAGGUGGUUUAGUCAUGCACGCCGUUAAAUUCCCCUCCUAUUUGGUGCCACAAUUAUCGUGGCCAACUAAGCAACUCUGAGGACAUGGCUAUAUCAUAUGCAGGAAGUGUUGUGGACCCGACGCCCUCUGGUGUUAGUAGAUGAAACGUAAACGGGACAACAGAAUUUGAGAUCUUAGCCAGUGACUCAGUGACUAACCAGACUCGGGUUCAGAACCCGGUAUUUAGUUAUGUCUCAUUGGUGAUGGCGAGUAAGCCAGAAAUAGUCGCACUGGUCUUCCUUGUUCUCUUCGAUAAUGUAUUUUUAUUACUCUUAACAACUUCACUCGCUUUAUACUGGAAUGUUCGUUCCAUCGACUUUAUCUCCAUUCACACUGGUGACAACCAAAUAACUUGCCGUUUUAUGCCGAUUCUCGAUCUCGUGGCUCAAAGUAGCGUCUGUCUUAAUAUUGUGGGAUUUAAUCUCUUAACGACCAAAUACAUGAGGCAAGUAUUCGGUAGAGGUCCCCACUUCUCUAAAACCAGAAAAAGUACUACGAUGAAUAUGAUACGGGAAGUUCUUCCUUUCCGUUAGAAUUGGCAGGUGAUGAACUGAAAGCUUGCAUCUUGUUUGCCCCAUCAUUGCCGUCUAACGUGCAAUAAUCUUUAUCCCGUGAAAGUAGAAAUCCGCAAAUUCCGUCUGUUACCAUACACGUCUAGGAGCUUCUAACGAGCUACGGUAACACGCCUUUUUACGCACAACCGUGUGUGUGCUUGGUCAAGUGAAUUACGUUCAUCUGCUGUCGAGGCCCGGUGGCUGCUUUUUCUGCUUUCAGCUUCUGUUUAGUAAGAAUUUGAACACAUUAACAAAUAGGGUGUUUCUUGCCUGUUUUACUUAUUUUCCAAUUCAUCUGUUGGUCUACUACAACUAAUAUAUAUAUAUAUAUAUAUAUAUAUAUAUAUAUAUAUAUGGAAGAAGGUAAAGAGAUCUCUGGGGAGGAUGAUUUAUUCAUCUGACGUUUCACACUCAUGCUUGAGCGCAUCAUCGGAGAUAGAUUAAAAGUGGGAAUACAAGNGAGGGUUUAAGUAUGAGCCCCAAGGCACAACGGAACGAGCAUGUUCCGUAACCUGAUCGGUGAGCGCCCACUAUCAUAAUUAAUAUUCCCGAUCACAACCGACAGGACAACGGGCCCGUGGCUCAAUGGUAGAGCGUUCAACUCCAUGACCAAAGAUCCCGGGUUCGAAUCUCAAGUGAUCCACACUUGGGGUUGGGUAUGACUGGCUGAUGACGGCUAAUAAGCCAGAAAUGGCCAUUCCGGUCUCCCUUGUCUUUGUCGGUAUUACCUUUCCAACAUAUAUCACUAGUCGCUGUGCGACUGCCUGCGAGGGUUUAAGUAUGAGCCCCAAGGCACAACGGAACGAGCAUGUUCCGUAACCUGAUCGGUGAGCGCCCACUAUCAUAAUUAAUAUUCCCGAUCACAACCGACAGGACAACGGGCCCGUGGCUCAAUGGUAGAGCGUUCAACUCCAUGACCAAAGAUCCCGGGUUCGAAUCUCAAGUGAUCCACACUUGGGGUUGGGUAUGACUGGCUGAUGACGGCUAAUAAGCCAGAAAUGGCCAUUCCGGUCUCCCUUGUCUUUGUCGGUAUUACCUUUCCAACAUAUAUAUAUAUAUAUAUAUAUAUAUAUAUAUACAACCAGUGGACAAAUGUUUUUGUGUACUCUGCGUCUCCGGUUUGAACGAUAUUCUAGAACGUCCAAGUGAAAUCACUAGGUACCGCCACAUAUCUGGGCUGUUUUAGCAACGAAUUGGGGCGCAUUUAAACGCUCCUUGUGAAAAAAGGGGUUUUUGUAAUUUUUCACCAUAACAUCAUACCUAUUGCCCACAUUUUUUCCAAUUCUCCUGGCUUGCCCACAGCCCACCUUUCUGUUGACGGGGUUGUGCGCCGUUGCAUCCUAGCAGGGCCCGUUUGUACCAAAAGACCUCGCGCAAAUACAGCAACUAGCAACUAGUAUUGCUGCCAUGCAAUGCAAUAGGCUGGCGGCUGACGUGUUAACAUACGUUAAAAGCUUUUAAAUUCCUGGCCAUGAAUUCCGACAAGACGAGACGUUAUUUUUCCACCCUUCCACCACCUAGAGUCAUAAGCGCUGUAACUCAGGUUCAGGCGCAGUUGUAAUCAUCCGUAAGACAAGGCUUCAGUCAAGAUGUGAACAAGAUCUCCAUCCUUUUAUUUAAAUAGAAUCAGGACUUUAAAAGCCACACCAGCCUCCGUUCCCUUUCACUAGGACGCUAGAGACAGUCUGCGGGGGAGUAGGGAGGUGGUAGAGAGGGAGGAACCGUGUAGGAAUGCCGAUUAUCUCGAGUAAUUGCCCUAAUUCAAGGGAUGUUGGCCUAUGAUAGUUCGCCCAGCACCAUCAUCGAUGGGAUAAUGCGCACCUCGCAGCAUCAGCCUCACCUCAUCCACAUACGUCCUCAUUUUCCAAAUGGUGACACGAAGUCAGGCCAACUUGGGAUAGGCGUAGACACAACGGCUAACAAGGUUAAGUGGCCCGUCUGCGCGGGCCACACACGACCUGCGCUCCACUCCGCACGCACUCGACACCAUUCAGGCGAUGUCUCGGACCACGCCUAUGCGGAAGUACUGUUUAGGUCGCAGCCGGGCGCCCGUUCUAGGCUUGAUUUGUCCUGUGAGGUUGACAACCUCCGACUUGUAGUGUCGAAAACUUAAUCCAUAAUGCGACUUGAAUCGACCUCGCUACUUCAUCAGCUACCUUAUCACGGUCUUCUGCGAGCCCAUCUUCCAAACCGCCUUGUCCAGGUUACCAGUGCAACUCACUGGUGAGAUUUGAAAGCCAGCAAAGGAAGACUAGGUUUGAGAUUCAGGAAGACAGAUUACCUCCAACUGUGUUGUUGGCCCCUGUCCGAGAGCAUUGUAUGUGUAAUGGUCACGCAAAAAUUGUUGGCUUUCUUUCAAGGCUGGCUUAAAUUCCAUCUGGAAUAAGCUGAGUUAUUUGAGGCAGUAGUCUUUACCUUGUAAGUUGGGGGUCGAGUCCGCAGUUGUAAAGGCCUGGUGGAGGGAAUGGCAUAAGCACCUUCUCAAUAGGUGGUUUUCAGCAUCUAAUCUGUCGAAUCUCCUCAGUGCUCCAUUGUUUCCUACUUUUGUGCGAAACUGCGUCCAUCUGGGCCAAAAAGGACGAUAUCACAGUAUAACGGAGCUUCAAUUUGGCACGCAUGAUUAAACACAGAAUCGGUGACCGGUUUGAAUGUCUCUCACGGUGAUUUCUAAGGCCGAAGAAUCUUGGAAGUGGUAUAUAUCCGCGAAGUCUAGAGUCUGGGGAGUGAAUCCGUCAGAAGUAGGCAAUACCUUCGUAAAACCAAGGCCUGCUGAUGGUAGUUACACUGCGUCUCCUCUUUGUCUGGGCAAACAUGCUUCGGUUAACAACAGAAACUUAGGCAAGACCUAUUAUUAACUGCCGAACCAAAAACAUCCGCGCGGCCCAAGGUCGAGGGAGCUUACUGAUACCGUGUGAGGUUAUCCAAGUCGAAAAGUUCCACCAGUUACUCGACAAGGCCGAGUUUGCAGAGUGUGACGAAAAUCGAGGAUUUACGCACCGAUAAAUGCCACCAGGUGUAGGCGACCUGUCAGCCGAAGUUGUCAUUUUUCGGGCGUGCUUAUUUCACAAAACUUUGAAGAUAAUUUUUCCUUUAUAUACUCGGUCUGAAGGGCCGGACUCUUGGCACAAGAAAAGGAAAUUAUUGAAGUAAUACUGUUCGAGGUGGAUUUCUCUUUGAGAACCGUCAGUUACAUCAGACGCCCUUGUAUAGUCGGACGAGCAAUUUAGACAUUUAUUAGAUACGCACCACACUGUGAACUUAUCAGUGACUUUGGCAUUUCCAGAGGCUCAUGACUGAGAAUAGGAAAAAAACCUGGUCCAUCCCUCUCCGUCUGUUUCACAGUGGUUGCAGGUUGGAUCCAAAUCCACUCGUGUCACGAACGUGUUUGUCCCCACCCGGGUCUCCGGUCCUCCAUCGGAUCGACUUGCCACAGAGACCACCAUUUCAACCUGACCUAAACUCCGCUGGAGGAUCGAAUUAUCCCGUCAGGUGGCAGUUAUCCAGGUCUUAUUUUAACCUGAGUGGUAGUUCAUAAGCAUCAGACCUCUUCUAGUGGGCCAAGUAGACGUAUGGUCCAAUCGUACACCGGGAACGAGUCCAACCCAGGCUUCGGUCUGACGCUUACCGCACGCCUGUGUUAUUCUCCAGUCAGUUUUGAAAUACUGGUUUCGAGCUAUGGACGAUCAGAUUAAUAUCCCCAAUCCAGACCGUCCAAUGCGUGCAACCCCACGUAAUUGACAUUGCAACUUUCAUAGCGAACCCCCACUAUCUAACUGCUCCAUUUUUCCUCGCAUCACGCGUGGGCUUGAUGUGACAGACACUCUUCACACACCCCUAACAACCUCCUAUGGCGCUUCUUGAACACAGACAGUCUAAAGCAGCUGGUCUGUGUUGUAUGCCCGUCUCCUUAUGGCGUUCAGUGUCCGAAGCCUUGAAGUUUCCCCUGACUUGCAUGACUUUUCUCCUGCUGCAGGGCUUCUCCCCACUGCUGUGGGCCUGCGCAAACGGGCAGAAGGCAGCUGUCGAAUUGCUCCUCUUUCACGGCGCCAACCCCCUGCUCACCGGCGACAACGGUGAGAACGGUCUCCUGCUGGCCAGUUGUCGAGGUCACUUUGACGUGGUGCUCUACCUCCUGCGUGCCGGAGUGCCGGUCAACAUCACCGACGAGUUGUGCAACAGCGCCCUCAUGUUCGCCGCCUACUAUAACCACGUUGCCAUUGUCUCCCUCCUGCUGGAUUGGGGCGCCGACGUGACCGCUGUGAAUGCCGAUGGCUGGAAUGCGCUGCAGUUUGCGGUGCGUCGGUAUUCCCGCGCUAGCCAGCGCGUCAUUGAGAAGCACAUAGUUAGCCUGCUGCAGAACAAACCGGAGAACCUUUGUCUCUCCACCGGCGUUAGCAGUCGGUAG